AUGGCUCCGUCGGAGAUCGAACCAGCUUUGCAAGAACCGUCGGGAUCAUUGGUUUUGAGUAGAGAAGAUCGUCGUUUCGCUAAUCUAAGAGGAGUUCGUUGGCGUGUGAAUCUCGGAGUUCUUCCGUCUUUGGCUUCUUCAAUCGAUGAAUUUCGCAGAGCAGCAGCCAAUUCUCGCCGAAGAUAUGCUCUUCUCAGGAGAAGACUUUUGAUGGAUCCACAUGUACUCAAACAUGAAGAUAGUUCCCCGAAUUUUAUCAUUGACAACCCUUUGUCGCAAAAUCCGAAUAGCACAUGGGGUCAAUUCUUUCGUAACGCUGAGUUGGAGAAAACACUUGAUCAAGACUUGUCGAGGUUAUAUCCAGAACACUGGUGUUAUUUUCAAACGCCGAGAUACCAAGGCAUGCUAAGACGCAUUCUAUUGUUGUGGUGCCUUAAGCAUCCUGAGUAUGGGUAUAGGCAAGGAAUGCACGAGCUUUUGGCACCCCUCCUUUAUGUACUUCAUGUUGAUAUCAUGCGUCUUUCUGAAGUGCGUAAAAGCUAUGAAGAUUACUUUACCGAUAGAUUUGAUAGUUUAUCUUUCAUGGAAAGAGAUAUCACUUAUACCUUUGAUUUCAAUAAGUUUAUGGACUCAGUGGACAAUGGGAUUGGUUCCCAAGGACAUUCAAAGAAUUUUAAUAGUCUAGAUGAGCUUGAUCCUGAAGUCCAGUCCCUAGUGAUGUUGACUGAUUCUUAUGGGACAGAAAGUGAACUUGGUAUUGUCUUGUCUGAAAAAUUCAUGGAACAUGAUGCUUACUGUAUGUUUGAUGCUUUAAUGAGUGGGAUUCAUGGUUGCUUCGCCAUGGCGAGCUUCUUUAGUUACUCUCCAGCCAGCGGUUCCCACACCGGGUUAACUCCAGUUCUUGAAGCAUGUAGUGCAUUUUAUCGUAUUUUGGCUGUUGUGGAUUCAUCUCUGCACAGUCAUCUAGUUGAACUUGGAGUUGAACCCCAGUACUUUGGUCUUCGUUGGUUGAGAGUUUUGUUUGGAAGAGAAUUUUUGCUUCAGGAUCUCUUGUUAGUGUGGGAUGAGAUAAUUUUGGCAGAUAAUAGUGCAAGAACGGAUGAGGAUAGUAGAAAUCAGAACUUCAGGAUCUUUGAUUGUCCUCGGGGAACCUUAGUCUUGGGAAUGACUGUUUCAAUGAUAUUAUAUUUAAGAUCUUCCUUGCUUUCUACUGAAAAUGCAACAUGCUGUCUACAAAGACUAUUAAAUUUUCCAGAGAACAUUGACCUGAAUAAGAUAAUACAGAAGGCCAAGUUGUUACAAGCUUUGGUUUUGGAUACUGAUAUGUUAUCAGCUCUGUCAAUUAAUGGUGUUUUCGACCAGAGCAAUUUUGUACCUGCAAGAACUAAAAGUUGCUCCACUUCACCUAGAUCUCCUUUGAUUAUCGCUCCUGAAAGCUAUUGGGAGAAGAAAUGGAGAGUUCUACACAAAGCCGAGGAAGAAGAAAAUAAAAUUUGUUUGGAGAAACAGACUCCUCCUACACAGAAGAAAAAGAGGUGGUUGAAUGUGACAAAACUUUUCCGAGCAGUGAUUGAUCUAUCACAUCAUAAGUUAGGAAUUGGGGAACGGAAAGCAAACUCAUCUCCAGUGACACAAAGUUUGCUUGAAGAUUCGUCUGAGCAGCUCAAUGUUGAUUGUCAUGUGACUGUGAACAAGGAGAACAUUCAUCCUCAAGAAACUGAGGAAAACAUUAUGGAAUUCCAUUCUGCAGAUGAAGAGAGUAUAGUAAGUGGAAGUUCACCAAGUGAGGAGAGUUCAUUCGUCUCCUUAGACCCAACCAGUCCUGUCAGAUGUUCAACCAAAAUUGAAAACGAUUCAGUUAGCAGUGCUGGCUCAAAUUUGCUUCCCGAUGAAGACGACAAAAGCAUAGUUUCAAUUAGUGAAGAGAAUUCAUCUGUCUCCUCUGAUCCAAUCAGUCCUGCCAUAGAUUCAAAUUACAGUGGAAAAUAUUUAGAUUGCUGUACCGGUUCGGAAAACGAUAAAGAUCAACAAACAAGUGUAAAUUCACCUCUUUCUGUAUCUCCCCAUAGGAGAAAUGAGUAUCCAGUAACUCAGUCUGAUGAAGACGUCUCCACCGAUAAAUCUGUGGGCAUAACUAAAGAGUACAAGCUUUUACAUGGAAUAGUUCAGUGGUUUCGGAAGCUUAAACGCACUUUGUCAAGUGAGGAGACUUCUCAUAGAAAAGCUUCUGAUGCCACAAAGACCAAUGAUGUUAAAAUUAAAAAGAACCAAAUAGGUUGCUAUUCUGAAUCCCACCCCCAAGCUUUGUCUUCUGGAGACUCAAGUCAGAAUCUGAGGAAGACUCUGAAGAACCUUGGCCAGUCCAUGCUCAAACACAUUGAGGCAAUUGAGUUGGUUUUCCAACAAGAACCUUGUCUGGUUCCGGCAGGAUUGAUAGGGAACUUAGCUAAAACCAAUUUGAUCGAAAAGGGACAAGUCACUGCUACAACAGCACUUAAGGAGCUUCGGAAACUCAGUAAUCUGUUGUCAGAGAUGUGAGGUUGUGUUCUCUCAUUUGUUUGAGUCAGCUCUGUAAAUACAUUAUGAAAUGUAUAUUGUUUUACAUUUGUUUGAGUCAGCUCUGUAAAUACAUUAUGAAAUGUAUAUUGUUUUAGAGUAAAAGGAUAAAGAAUAAAACUUUCUGUUUUCAAUCGAGGUGUGGUUAGGUCUAAAUGUGU